AUGAAAGAUGUAAUUGAAAAGGACUUGGAAACCGCUUAUCAAAAUUUUGUACUCAAGUCAAUUUUAUUGAGUUGCCAUCCUUAUAGUGCAAGCCAUACAAGUGAAAAUCUUAGUAAGGAAAUCAAGAAUGUUUUACAACAAUGGGGUGUGGAAAAGAAAAUUGUGUUUGCUGUGUCUGAUAAUGCACCUAAUAUAAAAAAUGCGUUAAACAUUUUAAAAUUAAAAAAUCUUGGCUGUUUUGCUCACACCCUUAAUUUGAUUGUACAAUCUGCAUUAAAAGAAGAAUCUGGUCUUAUUGAUAAAGUUAAAGAUAUUUCCACACAUUUUAGAAAAAGUACCACUGCUCACCAUAAGUUAAUGACUUACCAAAUUAAUUUAGGAGAAAAACAACCAAAAAAAAUGCUCCAAGAUGUUGCAACACGUUGGAACUCAACAUUUUAUAUGCUACAACGCUUUGUUGAUUUGGAAGUAGCAAUCAGAGGAACAAUAGGUCUUUUAGACAAAGCUCCCAAUACCUUGAGCCCAGAAGAAUGGUUAACUGUAAAACACUUUUGUCAAGUUUUAAGUCCAUUUGAAGAAGCAACAAAAGCUAUCAGUGGAGAACAGUACAUGACUGCUUCAUUGACUAUUGUUAUAGUUCAAGGUCUACAAAAUGUCUGUGAACAAUUAAAAAGAUCUAAUUACACACCAAGAACAAUUAAUUUAAUUAAUAAUUUAGUUAAAGGUAUGAAUGAGAGACAAAGUUGGGGUAACAUACAAAAAAGCAAUACAUUAGAAUCAACAAGUCAUUUAAUUUCAUUAACCAGAUCUGAAAUAAGAUCAAACGUAGAAACAACUUCAGCAGAAAUAACAUCAGGGCCAAAUGAAAGGGCAUUUUCUAUUUGGCAAUCAAUUGAUACACAAGUAACUAGCAACCAACCUUCUGAAAGAACCUCAACCGCACGAGCAAUUAUAGAAGUUCAGCGUUAUAUGGAAGAAUUGUUAAUUCCAAGACAAUGUAGUCCUUUAGUCUGGUGGCAAGAACAAAAAUAUAAUUUUCCUUUUCUUAGCAUUUUGGCAAGAAGAAUGUUGUGCUGUUUAAGUUCAUCGGUACCAUGCGAGCGUGUGUUUUCAAAAGCAGGCUUAAUUUUAUCUGAUCGAAGAUGUCGCUUAAAUUCUAAAAAAGCACAGAUGUUGUUAUUUUUAAAUCAUAAUGACUAG